GUGGGUGUGACCUAUAGCCUUGUCUCCGAGGGGUACAAUAAAGUUUAAGAAGUUUGAAAAGGGGUGUGGCCGGAGCUCGGCGAGGCGCCUGGAGAAGGGUGCGCGACAUGGGGGUCACCGUGGACGUUCACCAGGUGUUCCAGUACCCCUUCGAGCAGGUGGUCGCUUGCUUCCUCCGAAAGUACCCCAACCCCAUGGAUAAUAAUGUCAUCGCUGUAAAAACUGUGGAAGAAAAGAAAGAUGAAUCAACAGGACUCAUCUAUAGAAAGAGGAUUGCUAUCUGCCAGAAUGUGGUGCCAGAAAUUUUAAGAAAGGCCUUAAGCUCUCUGAUGAUUCUGUGUUGGACAAAGGUGAGUAUUUUAAAGGUACCCGAUAUCCGACUAGAAGAGGAAUCGUGGCUCAGUCUUCAGAAGAGGAAUAUGGCUAUCCGGAGUCACUGCCUCACGUGGACACAGUAUGCAUCCAUGAGGGAAGAGUCUGUCUUCCGGGAAAGUGUGGAAAACCCAAAUUGGACAGAGUUUAUUCAAAGAGGCAGAAUCUCAAUCACGGGGGCUGGGUUUCUCAACUGUAUUUUGGAAACUUUCGCUAGUGCAUUCUUAAGACAGGGAGCCCAGAAGGGGAUUAGAAUAAUGGAGAUGUUGCUGAAGGAACAGUGUGGUGCUCCCUUAGUGGAAUAAAAAUCAUCAGGAAGCUGCCUCUGUGUUUACUCUUUUUUUUUCCCCCAAUCACUUCUUGGCCGUGGCUUCAUAGGCAAAAUUACUGGAUACAGUUUCAGGACACAGACUCAGUGGCUUAGAGAAGAAGAAACCUUCCUGCCGGAGCAUGGAUUGACACUCCACUUUGGAGCCUGCUUCAAAUCAGGGGACUCAUGGAGAUGAGACCUUUCCAGCUGGAAUUUUAUGGCAUGGUCUCUUUAUGAUCUUAUGAAUAAAAGGAAGGAACA